AUGGAGGACUAUGGAACGAGCUGCUCGCCUCCCGCGUUUUCAGCUGACAACCAUCCGGCUAGAAAUCUGGUAUUGGAUCAGACUGGAAGCAGCAACAGCUCACCAUCGCCACGCAAUUCGGCUACUGCAAACGGGGCUAGCGCUAGUAGAUGCCCUUUUUGUAGUAAGAUAUCACAUCAAUCUAACAAUUCCGAAAUGGAACGGAAUCAACUGCUUCACGAACGCAACGUUGCUGUAGAUGCAUAUGAACAUGUUUCUGAACAGUUUGAGCAACUGAAAGACCACUAUGCACAGCUGCAUGCAGCAUAUUCAAGCUUGAGUAGUAGUGGAGUUCAUGUCGAUGUCGAUAAGCAGAUUCAGCAACUCCAAUCAGCACUGGCUGUUCUGGUGGAGGAGAAAACAUCCGUGCAGUCUGAAUUGCGUAACACGAAGAACGAUUUGGAACAAGAAAGAAUCUUAAAUGAAAAUCUUUCUGCAGCGGUCAAGUCUUUACGUGCUGACGAAUCGAAGAAACAUCAAAAACAGUUGAUCGAGUGUGAACAUCUUUUGUCUGCACGCAGUACUGAGCUCGAUGACCUCAGAAAGAGUGAAGCAAACGCACAAGCCCGACUUCUAACUGUGCAGCAGGAGAGAAGUGAAGCACAAGCCCGUCUUAAAGCUGUUGCUCGUGAAAAAGAGCUGAUUGCCUCAGAAUUGAAGAGUGUUAGAAAGGAGCUUCACAUGAAAGAGAUCUACUUGAAGCAACUCGUUCCACAUGGUUUAGUCAACAAUGUUAGCAGUGAAAGUGCAAUUAGCACAUUGAAUGGUCGUGUUGACGCUUUGCAAAACCAAGUAGUGGUGCUCACUAGUGAAAGAGAUAAACUUCUCCUUACCAAUGAAGAACUGAGCAGACAUUACGAGAUCUGUCGGCUAGAGUUCGUAAGUGCUCGUGAAAAGUUGACAGCCGAGCGUAAAGUGCACGAAGCUGUGGAAAAAAUAAAUGCAGAGUGGCAAGAAAAAUUCGAUGAGGAAGGCAAACUAGUUGACACUAUGAUUAAGGAAAAAGAUAUGCUUUUGCUCUCCGAACAGUUGCAAAAUGAAAAGGCGACUGUAUCACGUGCUAUAGCUCAGAAUCGAGAGCUUAAGGAGCAGUUGGUUGAAACAGAGAGCAGAUUUGUGGCACUCACAGAAGAAAAACUGCAAUCUGAACUGGCUCGCCAAACUGCGGAACACCAGGUGAAGGAACUGUUAGUACUACUUGAUAAUAAGAACCAAACAGAAUACGAUGCACAGCACGCAAAUAAUACAUGUAUGGUUCUGGGGUUUGUAUUGCACCCAUCAACGUCGCUGGAGCCGUCGAUUCUAACCGAAGAGUUGGAUAUCUCAGAACAUGGCAAUAGUGGAAAUGUAACAGAAGCUUCUCGUAAACGUGAACACAUUUUAAAGACGCGAUUAGAAAUGGCGAACCAAGAACUAGAGGAAAUUCGUGCUGACUUACGUCGUAGUCAUACACGGAAUGAAGAGAUGAACCAGAUACUGAGGCAGAAUGCAGAGGAUGAGAAUCAAAAUUCGAUUCAUGUAGAACUCGGCCAGGCGGUAGCAAGAAUACAUGAAUUAGCGUCUCAGAACCAACAACUACGUGAGAGCAUUGAGCGAAUGGUAGAGGAUCGUUCUCAUUUUGAAAAUUCGUUGCUUGAGAGGUCUGAAACCGUUGAAGUUGGAAACUCAGGAGGUGUUGAAUUGGAGAACUGUACAUCGUCCAGGGAUUUCAUUAGAAGCCAAUCGCGCUCAAUUGACGGGUCAGUGUUAGAGUUAGGACGAUCUAGAAUUAUUACAAGUAAACAUCAUGAGCGUUUACGUGUUAAAGAUAGACAGUUGGCAGCGAUGGAGGCAGACAAGGUGGAGACGCUGAAGAGAUGUCAAGAGCUACAGAAAGCACUUAUGGAUGUCCUUGUGCGAAGUGGAGCUUUAAAGGUUGGCAUGUUUUGCUUGUACAGGUGUAAAUUCCAAGCUAAUUUUCAUCCUAGGGAUAUGAAAUUCGUAAUGGUACUCACUCGAGUUCGUCCCAGUCGCCUACAAAAAGGCACAGUUAGAAGCGGAUUAGGCAAGUGCAUGACAGUCCGUCAUCGUCAGUGGAAUGUCUUCGAGCGGCUCUUUCUCUACGGGUUGUUCGGCUUCGCAGCUGAGGUGUGCUUUACUGCAACAUGGGAAGCUGUCGAGCACGGAAAUCGCAAGUUGAUUGGUGUCACUUCUAUGUAUAUUUUCUUUGUUUACGGAUUUUCCAUUCUUCUAUUGGAGAAAUUAUACCUUAUCCUGAAGAACCUUAUUCCUCUUCCUUUUCGGGCGGCUAUUUAUGUCUUUGUGUGUUACAGUUGGGAAUUCAGCACUGGGCUUUUUUUGAAACGAUGGGAUGCUUGUCCAUGGGACUAUGAAAGCUAUUUUCACUAUCACUUUAUGGGACUGAUUACUUUUGAAUACAUCCCGGUAUGGUACGUGUCGUCAAUCGCUUGCGAGAGGUUCCUUAUACGCUACGCUUUGCAAUCAGCAUGGCUGAUUACAGAGGAGGAUUAUGAAGCAGUUGGCAAAAGUCAAUGA